AUGGAAAAAAAUUAACCAAUUGGUGAGCAGGCAGGAGAUAUUUAUAUCUUAUCGGGUGAUUUAGGGGGAACAAAUAUUAGACUCUCCUUGCUCAAGAUAACCGAUGCUUCCUUUGAAAAGGUUCACUUCAAGCAUUUAUUAACAAAGAAUACUCGAGCCUUAGCAGUAGAAUUAAAUGAAUUUCUUGAUGAGAUCCCAGUGAAUAGAGAGCUAGUACGUGUUGGGAUAAUAUCCAUUGCAGCUCCUGUUUUUGAUGAUGGCAUCUGCCCAUUAAUGAUCGAUGCGAUUCAUUGGGGAGAGAUUAGGGAGAAGGACAUAUAAGAGGCUACUGGCAUCAAAGUAAUAAGACUUUUGAAUGAUGCAGUUGCUUAGGGGUACGGUACACUCAAUAUUCCAUAGGAACUUACUAGGUGCAUUUAUGAUCCUAGUGAUAAUGGUGUUACUGAAUUACCAGCAGAUAAAAUUAGACUGAUUUAUUCUGUAGGGACAGGACUUGGUUUCUGCAUGAUGUCGAGACCAGACGAAUCUGUUCCCUAUUAUCACUACCCAAGCGAACUAGGUGCCAUUCCUUUGCCUUUACAUAACCAAAAUGAUAGGGCAUUUUACAAAUUCUUGACAGAUAAAGAUAAAAAGAACAUUUUCUAACCAUCACUUUCUGUUUUAUCAGGAGGUUGUGGAUUACUAUACUUACUCGAAUUCUUAUUAACAAGGGAUGAAGAAUCCCAAAAGAAAUAUAGCAACUGCCCAAUAUUGGUUGAAAAUAAAUUAGAAGAUAUUUAGCCUAGGAUGGUGUGUGAUUAUGCUAAAAAUAUGAAUGAUGAGCUUUGCAUAGAAGUCCUAAAAUACUUCUUAGAUCAUAAUGCCAAGACUAUUUCUGAUUAGAUAUGCUUAUACUUGCCACUAGGAGGUAUAUUUUUGUCAGAAUCAGUGAUUUAAGGAAUGGAAUUUAUGUUUGACAGACCUGAUGAUAAGAAACACUUUAUUGAUGUAGUGUAAAACAUUGGUGCGAUUGAAGAUUUGGUAAAAAAAAUAAAAAUAACUUUGAUAACUGCUAAAGACUUGGCAAUAAGAGGGUGUGUUAAUUUCGGAAGACAGAACAAAGUUUUUUGA